AUGAAUCAGGACAAUUUCCCAUUGAAAUUCCGCCGAGCUCAUCAAAGCGCUACAUCGCUCAAACGCACCCCCUCCGCCCCCGUCUACCCCCGUUCCUCCCCCAGCGGCAGUCGCGAGCAUAAUCGGUCGCGAUCCAACGCACAAUUCGGCUCCUCAUCGUCAUCGCUGGAACAGAAUAGCGGCGGGCCGUCGCCGUCCAACGACGAGUCCAGCGGCUUUUUCUCCAACUUCACCUCCCGGUCCCGCACUCGCAGCUCUAACCGCUUCUCCUACAACGAGCAGAGCUCGGAUGAACUAGGCGCCCCUUACGAAACGCGGGGCAUGCUUAGUGCAUUGGAUGAGAAUAGCGCUGAAUCGGACCCUCAUUCCCAGCAAGCCCCCGGACCCCGAUCUCAACACCAGAGCCCUGAUAACCGUGGACGCCACUCACUUCGCCAGUCAGCCAGUUUCACCACGCUUACACAACGAAUGGAUCCUUUUGCUCAUCGCGAGACUGAGCGGGCGGCGAAUGCCAAACGGUAUUCCGACGAUGGCAAUGCGCCUCCAGCCCCGCGAACAAGACAGAGCAAGAAGGCGAGCUUCUCUAGGUUCGUGGACAGUAUGCUUGGCUCCCCCGGUCGCAACAUGAAAAUUUCAGCCCCAGAGAAUCCAGUCCAUGUUACCCACGUUGGUUACGAUAAUCAAACUGGUCAAUUUACUGGUCUUCCUAAAGAAUGGCAGCGACUACUUCAGGAGAAUGGUAUCUCCAAGAAGGAGCAGGAGGAGCACCCGCAAACCAUGAUGGACAUCAUGCGCUUCUACGAGAAGAACACCCGUGGCGAUAGCGACGAUGAAGUCUGGCAUAAAUUCGACAAUGCGCAAGCGACGAGUCCAAGAGGACAGUCACCACCGGGCAGCCCACGAUUCCCGCAAAACCACGAAAGCAGUUUCGAGAAUCCGCGGGCGCCACCACCGAUUCCACGCGGGCCUCCGGCUGGCACACCGAGCAUGUCCCCAUCGCUGGGUGGUAUGGUGCCUCAUCGCGCUCCUCCUAAGCCUCCAGGCAUGACCCCGUCCCGUCCUCCUCCUCAACCCCCAGUUUCGAAUUCCUACGGUGCCCCGCAACGACCCCAGCUGGACACCUACGGUUCUUCAUUUGGCACUCCGACGAUCCCAGAAACCGAGGCAUUGCCUUCACCUCAUCGCAGUCCCUCUACCUCCCGAAAUGGCACGCCUGCGUCCAGCGCCCCGAAUGUCAUCGCAUCCCCCACACAAUACCAGCGACAGCAGGAGCAGGUUAUGGCCGCAGCCCAGCAGGCACUGGAUCGCAAUCGCAGCCAACGCCAACAGGCACAGCAGCCCCCAGCCAUCUCCACAUCAACCACCGCCCCGGCACCCGAUCUGUCGUCUGGAGUGUCGCCUUCUACGCGCGCUCCACCCGCUGCUCGGCCCCGACAGCGCCAGCGUCAAAGCACUGCCAUGGAUAUCCGGUCGCGUUUGAUGUCUAUCUGUCGCGAAGGCGAUCCCACAACAAUCUAUUACAACCUCAACAAGAUUGGUCAAGGUGCUUCGGGUGGUGUGUUCACCGCGUAUGAAAUUCCUAACAACAAUUGUGUUGCUAUUAAGCAGAUGAACUUGGACUUGCAACCCAAGAAGGACCUGAUCAUCAACGAAAUUCUCGUUAUGAAGGACAGCAAACACAAGAACAUUGUGAACUUCCUCGAGAGCUACCUGCACGGGUUGGAUCUCUGGGUUGUUAUGGAGUACAUGGAAGGUGGCAGUCUCACAGAUGUGGUCACUUUCAAUAUUAUGAGUGAAGCACAAAUCGCAGCAGUUUGUCGAGAGACUUUGAGCGGUCUCCAGCACUUGCAUUCUAAGGGUGUUAUUCACCGAGACAUCAAGUCCGACAACAUUCUGCUCUCCUUGGAUGGUAACAUCAAGCUGACUGACUUCGGCUUCUGUGCCCAAAUCAACGAGUCGCAUAACAAGCGGAACACCAUGGUCGGUACCCCGUACUGGAUGGCUCCCGAGGUCGUUACUCGCAAGGAGUACGGCCGCAAAGUCGACAUCUGGAGUUUAGGCAUCAUGGCCAUUGAGAUGAUUGAGGGCGAGCCACCAUACUUGACCGAGUCGCCGUUGCGCGCGCUGUAUCUUAUUGCCACGAACGGAACACCCACCAUCAAAGACGAACACAACCUUACCCCGAUCUUCCGCGAGUUCCUUCAUUUAGCUCUGAAGGUUGACCCCGAGAAGCGGGCGUCGGCACACGACCUCCUGAAGCACCCAUUCAUGUCCUUCUGUGCACCCCUUUCGCACCUCGCCCCCUUGGUCAAGGCUGCUCGCGCCAGCCGGGCCCAAGAAAAAGCUCAAAAAGGAGGCUCCUGA